AUGGCUGUGCCACUCAGUUAUUCGUCGUCCGCCGCUUGCCAACUGCCGAGAUUCUCAGCUCUCUCCUCUUCUCUCUUUCUCUCACCUCUCCACGUGAACCCAGACGCCCGGGACAGCACGACGCAGCAGAUCCAAUCGAAACUAGGCAACUAUUCUCUAGUGAAGCAUCUCCUGGACGAGCCUAAGCGUCUGAUCGGCAUCGAGGGUGUACCGCCGAGUCCAGCCCCGUCCCCGUCACCCUCGUCCCUUAGAACGAGUUCCAGUUCAGUCGGCUCGAAUUCCAGGAGCUCGCCCUCCACCCAAGAAUUCAAGAAACCCGGAGGGCCGAGGUCGAGCGGCGGCACGUCCUCGUCGUCGUCCUCCGCGUCCUCGUCGUCCGCGGUGGCUACCCUGGCCAACCGGUGA